AUGCCGCCACGCGCACGCGGUCAGCCGCGAGGUGCAGAUACCAUUCGGAUCCUCGUCGCCACAGAUAGCCAUGUCGGAUACAACGAGCGCGACGCCGAGCGAAAGGACGACAGCUGGAGGACGUUCCACGAGGUGAUGUGCCUAGCGAAAGAGCAUGAUGUGGACAUGGUGCUACACGCGGGAGACCUCUUCCACGAGAACAAACCGUCCAGGAAGUCCAUGUACCAGGUCAUGCGGUCGCUGCGUAUGAACUGUCUCGGAGAGAAGCCAUGCGAACUGGAGAUGCUGAGCGAUGCGAGCGAGAACUUCGGCGGCAAUUUUGACCAUGUCAACUACGAAGACGAAGACAUCAACAUCGCCAUUCCCGUGUUCGCCAUUCACGGGAACCACGACGACCCGUCGGGCGAAGGCUCGUUCUCCCCCCUCGAUCUACUGCAGGCGUCUGGCUUUGUCAACUACUUCGGUCGCACACCCGAAGUCGAUAAGAUCAACGUAAAACCGGUGCUACUACAAAAGGGUGGCACCAAGCUUGCUCUAUAUGGUCUUAGUAACGUUCGCGACGAGCGGUUGUUCCAUACCUGGCGGGAUGGUAACGUCAAGUUCUUUCAACCUGGUACGCAGAAGGACGAAUGGUUCAACCUCAUGAGCGUACAUCAGAAUCACCACGCACACACACCUACCAGCUACCUUCCUGAGAACUUCCUACCUGAUUUUAUGGACCUUGUCGUGUGGGGUCACGAACACGAAUGUCUGAUUGACCCACGAUACAACCCCGAAAUGGGUUUCCAUGUCAUGCAGCCUGGCUCUUCAGUGGCUACCUCACUCAUGCCCGGAGAAGCGGUCCCCAAACAUGUCUGCAUUUUGAGCGUCACCGGCAAGGAAUUCACGACUGAGAACAUCCGCCUGAAGUCUGUGCGACCCUUCAUCAUGAAAGAGAUCGUACUUGCGGAAGAGAGGGAGAUCAAGGAGAAGGAGCUCUGGCGCGUCAGCGAUAACCGUGCAAAGAUUACCCAGUAUCUAAAUCAGGUCAUUGAGGAGCUCAUCGAUGAAGCGAAGAGGGAUUGGCUUGAACUACAGGAGGAUCGACAAGAAGACGACGACGACCCUCCGAAACCACUCGUCCGGCUUCGUGUGGAAUACACAGCACCACAAGGAGGCGAGUUCCACUGUGAGAAUCCGCAACGUAUCUCGAAUCGGUUCAUGGGCAAGGUGGCCAACAUCAACGACAUUGUACAGUUUCAUCGAAAGAAGAAGCCGUCAAGUCGGGCGUUGAAGAACAACGCCGAAGAGCCGGAUGCGGAGAUACUCGCUGAAAUCUCAAUUGACUCAGUCAAGGUCGACAAGUUGGUGAAAGAGUUUCUCACCGCCCAAACUUUGACGAUCCUGCCCCAGAACUCCUUCGGAGACGCAGUCUCACAGUUCGUAGACAAGGACGACAAGCACGCCAUGGAGCAGUUUGUAAAAGAUAGUUUGACGACUCAGCUCAAACACCUCAUGGACGCCAAUGAUGUUGAGGAAGAGGAGAUCGUCAAAGAGAUGGCAGAGUACCGAGAGCAAUUAGAGGAUAUGUUUGCUUCAGGGCAGUUGAAGAAGACCCGGAAAUCCAAGGUCAAGCCCAAGCCAGCUGGCUGGGACAGUGACUUUGAUGGGUCCUGGGUCGAUCAGCCAGCCGCUAUCAUUAGGUCUGAUAACGAAGGCGAGAAAGACGAUGACGAGAGCUUAGCGUCGAUACCUGCAAAGAAAGCUGCCACCAGCGGUCGUGGCAAGGCAGCUGGCACAACCCGCAAACCAGCUGCGGCUACUAAGAAGGCAGCAGCUCCCAAGAAGGCCGCACCCACAGCCAAGGGCGGCCGAGGCAAGAGAAAAGUCGUGGAAGAAGAGGAGUCCGACGAAGACGACGACAUCAUCAUGAUUGACGACGAUGACGACGAAGAAGUACCCGAAGAGGAAGAAGACGAUGACAGUGGCGAAGACCUGUUCGUAGCUUCGCAAAAGAAGAAAGCUCCCGUAAAGAAAUCCGCAGCGAAGACAACAAAAGCCCCGGCGCGAGCGAAGUCACCAGCCAAGAAGACUACUACUGCGAGAGCAAAGGCGCCAGCGACUCAGACGAAGCUGAACUUCUCGCAGCCGCUCACGCAGCGCAGUCAGCCCACACGACCUGCGGCUUCGAGAGGAAAGAAGGCUGUACAGGAGCCGAGUGAUGAUGAGAUCGAGUCUGAUGAUGCUUUCGAGUCGGCGCCGCCGCCUAGUGCCCGGGCUACUCGUAGGAGGUAG